ACACUCUUUUGGGGCCCUAUCCCCGGGGCCUCCCAAGGAGCUCGGGCGGGCUGCGCUCGGCGCACCCCUCCCCGGGGCGGCGGCGGCGAGGGCGGGCCGGCACCCGGAAGAGGUGCCGCCACCUCCCGCCUGACUUUCCCAGCGAGCAGGGAGGCAGGCAGGCGGGCGCCAUGCUGCAGUUCUUGCUUGGUUUUACUCUUGGCAAUGUGGUUGGGAUGUAUCUGGCUCAGAACUAUGAUAUUCCAAACAUUGCAAAGAAGCUUGAAGAUUUUAAGAAGGAUGUGGAAGCCAAGAAGAAACCUCCCAGUGACAAGUCCUAACAGCAAUAUUACCCAGGUCACUUCUGUGCACACAUCAAGUUUGCAAUUUACCUUUGAGGCAACAAAGAUCAAGUAAAGGGCUGGCAUGGGAGGUUCCUCCACUUCUUGUCUUCUAGAACUGGAUUGUCCUUCUUUUGAAAAGAGCAGCCGUGAACUUUUCCUGGGACUGAUUUUCAAGGGUUUCAGAAUCUGGAUUUCCAGCUGAUAUGUGACUGGAUAAGAUAAUUUGUAUUUUUUGUUAUUGCUUUUCCUAAUAUUUUGUAACCUGUUUUUACCUGAUCCACCUGGAGUCCUGUUAGUCCUCUUACUGUGUGUACCUCACACUUUGUAGUGCCCUAAUUCUUGGAACAUUGCAAGAGAAAUUAAAUUCAUCAUGAAGUAAC